UAUCUAUUCCCUGUCAAUUGUGGCUUCUCCUUAGGUUGAUUCUCUUCGAUUUCGCUGACCUCAAGUGCUCAAAAUCCUCUUUGAGAUAUUUCGUAUCUCCCUUAUACACCUGAAAAAGGGUAAUUCUACAGUUGUACGUGCAUCUAAAAAGGUUAUUGUAUGAGUCAAAAAAUUGAAAAACCAAUAUUAUCGGGUCAACGAAUAAAGACCAGAAAGAGAGAUGAAAAAGAAAAAUAUGACCCUAUGGGAUUUAGAGAUGCAAUUCUACUUGGUUUGGAGAAAGCUGGGAAUGACUUAGAUGCAAUUUCAAAGUACUUGGAUGCAGCUGGAUCUAAAUUAGAUUACCGCCGAUAUGGGGAGGACCUAUUUGACAUCUUAAUAGCUGGUGGACUUUUGAUUCCAGGCGGUUCUAUUGCUCAAGAUGGUGAUAAACCAGUCAAAACCACUGCUUGUGUUUUUGAACAACCAGAAGACAUGGAAUCUAUGCGAAAUUUUGAACAAGUUUUCAUUAAACUUAUGAGACGCUAUAAAUACUUGGAGAAAAUGUUUGAAGAAGAAAUGAAAAAAGUAUUGGUUUUUAUGAAAGGUUUUACCCCGAAAGAAAGAACAAAAUUAGCUAGAAUGACAGCUCUAUGGAUAUCUAAUGGUUCUGUUCCACCCACUGUUUUAUCAGUCUUAAUUAACGAGCAUCUUGUUAAGGAUAACUUAGCACUAGACUUUUUAUUAGAAGUUUUCGUCACUUGGAGACAGGAGAAAGGUUUAUCAAGUUUGAUGACUGCAUUGAAAAAAGGCAAUAUUGAAGGAAGGUUAAUGGAAUUUGUACCGCCUAACAAACGAACUGAAGAGUAUUUUCGAUCUGUGUUUGAGACUGUCGGUCUUGCGGACAUUGUAAAAUUACAUAAAGCUCAGGCAAGCCAAGAGGCGAAACGAGAUUUGCAACAAUUAUUGUUAGACGAUUUGGCCGAUGGUCGUCCAAUGAAAGACAUUAUACUUGAUCUCAAGGAUGUGGCACAGAGAAGUUGCCUCCCUGAACACGAAGUUAUUGGCCUGAUUUGGGCUGUCGUGAUGGGUCAAGCUGAAUGGAACAAAAAAGAAGAGUUAGUAGCCGAUCAAGCGUUAAAACACUUAAAGGUGUACACUGCACUAUUCGAUGCUUUUACAAACACUGCCAGAUCUGAGCUCGCGCUUCUCCUCAAGGUCCAGGAAUUUUGUUACGAGAACAUGAACUUCAUGAAAGUCUUCCAGAAAAUUGUUCUACUAUUUUAUAAAACGGACAUAAUAUCAGAAGAAGUAAUUUUGAAAUGGUACAAAGAAGGCCAUUCAGUGAAGGGAAAAAUGAUGUUUUUGGAUCAAAUGAAGAAAUUCAUCGAAUGGUUACAAAACGCCGAGGAAGAAUCUGAAUCAGGAGAAGAAGAAGAUUAAGAACACAAAAAAUAAUGUAAGCUUCAUUGUCAGAAAAUAAUAAAUUUGGAAUAUACCAAAACAAAAUUUAUCAAACCGUGGAUCGUGCAUAUACAAUUGGAUUGUACUGAGAAAUAGAGAUUUUGAAUAAAAAAAUAAAAUAAAGUUUGUAUCA